AUGUCAGCAGUCAUUGGAGGGCUUAAAUCUGAAGCUUCUAUUCAGAUAGCCACCAUCUUAGGUCUCUACCAGAUCCCACAGCUCACUUAUGGCACAUUUCACCCAGUACUGAGUGAUAAAACGCAGUUCCCUUUUACCUACCAAAUGGUCCCAAAUGAAAUUAUUCAGUAUGAGGGGAUAGUGCAUUUGAUUAAAUAUUUCAGAUGGACAUGGAUUGGCAUUGUUGUUUCCGAUGAUGACAGUGGAGAAGAGUUUGUGCAAAGCUUGAAACCUAUGCUCAGUAAUCAUGGUCUCUGUGUUGCCUUCACAGAGAAGGUGCCAUUAAUCCUUUUCCAGUCCUCUAGUGGAUCAACAUUUAAUAUAUUUUCUAAGGGAAACAUUCUGUCAAUUCUUAGUAAGAGCAAAGCAAAUGUGAUUGUUGCACAUGGGGACACUUACUCCAUGCAAGGUUUACAAGUCAUGUUGUAUACUGAAGAUUACUUAGGAUGCAAACCCAAAGAGAAAGUUUGGAUCACCACAGCCCAGUGUGACUUCACCUCAAGUAUUAUUUUGAGUGGCUGGAACCUGAAAUACUUCCAUGGCUCCUUCUCCAUGACAAUCCAUGGAAAUGAUGUGCCGGGGUUUCAGAGUUUUCUUGAGACAUAUGACCCUCGCCAGCACCAAAAAAGUUCAUUUAUGCAACAGUUCUGGGAUGCUGCAUUUGAAUGCAGCAUCCAAAAUCCCCACGACAGCAUUCCAAAUAAAAAAAGUUGUACAGGCCAGGAGAAGCUGAAUAGUCUUCCUGGAACUGUUUUUGAAAUGAACAUGUCUGGCCAGAGCUACAGUAUCUACAAUGCAGUCUACAUCUUGGCACAUGCUUUACAUGCUGUUCACUCACAAGGACAAACAGUGAUGGCAAAUGCCAACAGACUGGAUCGUCAGGCAGUGCUGCCAUGGAAGUUCCAUUCAUUUCUGAGAAAAAUUCAUUUCAACAACAGUGCUGGGGUUGAGGUAUUCUUCAGUGGAAAUAGGGAAUUGUCUAGUGGAUCAUAUGACAUUGUAAACUUAGUUGCUUUCCCAAAUAAAUCCUUCAUCCGAGAAAGAGUUGGGAUGGAGGAUUUGCAACCUUCCUCCAACCAAAGGUUUACCAUUAAGAAAGAGGCCAUUAUAUGGCCCAACAGUUUCAACCAGACAUUGCCCCAUUCGAUGUGCACUGACAGAUGCUCCCCAGGAUACCACAGAAAUGUUCAUGACGGAGAACCAUCUUGCUGCUAUGAUUGUUUCCAGUGUCCAAAAGGGACCAUUUCAAACCAGACAGAUGCAUACCAGUGUGACAAAUGCCAAGUGGAUGAACAUCCAAACAAGAAACAAAACAGAUGUAUCCCCAAAGUUAUAACUUUUCUAGCCUAUGAUGAGCCAUUGGGGAUCAGUUUGGCUUCUGCUGCACUUUCUUUUGCUCUCCUCGCAGCCCUGGUGCUUGGAAUCUUCAUUAAACACCAGGAUACACCAAUCGUCAAAGCCAACAACCAAGAUCUUUCCUACCUGCUGUUAAUCUCCCUCUUGCUCUGCUUUCUGUGUUCCUUGCUGUUCAUUGGACAACCCAAAAAGAUGACCUGCCUUCUUCGGCAAGCUACUUUUGGAAUCAGUUUUUCUCUUGCACUUUCUUGUGUGUUGGCUAAAACUAUCACUGUGGUUGUGGCAUUUAUGGCCAGACGCCCUGGAAGCAAGAUAAGGAAAUGGGUGGGCAAAAGACUAUCAAAUUGCAUCAUUUUUAUGUGUGUUCUCAUUCAAGUUGGCAUUUGUACCAUUUGGCUAUUCACCUCUCCCCCUUUCCCAGAUCUUGAUAUGGUCUCACAGCCUGGACAGAUUGUAGUACAAUGCAAUGAAGGUUCAAACACCAUGUUUUACGCUGUCCUAGGCUACAUGGGCUUUCAAGCCUGUGUCAGUUUUGCAGUAGCCUUCCUAGCCAGGAAACUGCCAGACAGUUUCAAUGAAGCCAAGUUUAUCACCUUCAGCAUGUUGGUGUUCUGCAGUGUCUGGGUAUCCUUCAUCCCAGCCUAUCUGAGCACCAUUGGCAAAUACAUGGUGGCUGUGGAGAUUUUCUCCAUUUUGGCCUCCAAUGCUGGGUUGCUGAGUUGCAUUUUUGCUCCUAAAAUUUACAUUAUUUUAUUGAAGCCCAAGCAAAACAGCCAGCUAGGCUUAAGGAUUUCUUCUGUAGCAGAAGUUAUACCCUGUUCACAAUUCCAGCCCAAAGAGACAGAAUCUAGCACUCUUCUGUAUAGUCCCUGA